GCCGUGCCCCGCCGGGGCUGCCGGCCACCGGGCCCCCCGCACAGCCCCGGGCACCCCCCGAGGGUUCCCCCCAGUCCUCGCCGCGGGGGUGCCGGUGCCCGGAGCAGGUGCUGUGCUCCCGGAGGGAGGUGACAGCGCGGGCCGGGAGCUGUCAGACAGGUUUGUGCGUGGCAGCAAUUAUCGGCGGGUGUUUGUUUACCCGCCGUGUGGAGCUGAGAACCAGGGCAGCUUCCUGGGUGUAGCCCUCCACCGGCCUCGCUGGCGGUGGCGGCGGGGGGCUCCGCGGCCUCGCGCCAAGCCCCGGCGUCACGGCGAGCCUCUGCCGGAGGCUGGAGGUCCCGGAGGCUCCCCACGGCACCGGGGGCCGCGUGGCUUGGCCGGGGGCCGCGUUGCCCUUCCCCGGUCCGUGGGGAGCAGGCGGUGAGGCCGAAGACGUGCCGGCGGCCUUCCGGCCCCGCGGGGCGCAGGGAGGCCCGGCCACCUGCGCAGGAAGCUGCAUUGUCCUCGCGGCCUCCUUCCCCUUCCUCCCGCCUCUGUCCUGCAGCCGCGUCCGGCCUUGCUGGGCUUGGGGCCGCAGGGAGGGAGCGCGGGAGGGAGCCCUGACCCGAACGGCGGAGGAGUUGGUGCCGAGCAGAAGCGUCGCCGUGGGGCGGGAGACGCGUGUGCUCCGUGGGGAGGCCGAGCCGAGCGGCCAAACGGGGCUGCGGCCUCCUCGGGGUCAUCUUAGGGGGUGGCUGGAGGCUGUCCCCAGCCCCGCCGCCGUGUCCCCGGCGGGAUGGGAUGGACUUACGGGCUCGGCAGCUCCGAGCUCGGUGCCAGGCCCCGUGCUGGUCCCGGGCUUUUCUCUAAUUCUCCAUGGCAGCAGCACAGGGCCCUGUGACCUGUGAGCCCGACACCCGCGUCCUCGGCACCUACCUCUCCUCUGUGCCCGUCAGCAGCAUGGGCAGCGUGGGCAGCCUGGUGGAGAAGCAGGACCUGUCCCCCCUGGAGCUGCGGGCCCCGCUGGGGGGCUCGCGGGGGCUUCGGCAGCCCGACGGCUUGCUCCGCAAGGGGCCAAGCCAGCGGGAGCUCUUCGGCUACCUGCACGGGGCCAAAAAGGAGACGCGGUCCGAGCGGAAGCACCAGACUUCGGGCGCCUGCUACAAGCGGGACUACGAGAGCGACCGUGAGAACCGGUCCCCCGAGCGCUGCUCCCGGGAGCAUCACCGUGGGUCCGACUUCUCCAAGAGCUCGCUGCCUGAGCGGGGCCGCUUCGACAAGUGCCGCAUCAGGCCCUCGGCCUUCAAGGCAGUGGCCGGGAAGGGGCUGGUCUCCAUGCAGGGCCUCUCCUCGUCCAAGGGGCAGAAGCUGUCCAAGAGCAACGGGAGCCUGCACACGCUGCUGUCGCAGAGCAGCACGGCGCCCUCGCAGCACGGCCCGCUCCGCACCCACCUGCUCCACGCCAUCAGCCUGGAUGAGGCAUCUGACUCCAGCCACAACUCCAUCCAGAGCUUCCCCUCCUAUGGCUCCCGCCUCAAGCCUGCCCAGAGCCAGUUCAGCGCCUCUAUGGGCCACAUCAACCACAUCGGGGGGUCCCUGGAUAGGGUGUCCCGGAGCCCCAGGGACCCCCUGGCUCCCGAAAAGGCCCCCCUGUCUUGCAAAAGCAUGGCCACGCUGAGCCGGCUGCAGAGCCCCGGGGAGCCCCCGCCGCCCUACGAGUUCACCUACUCCCUGGAAGACGCGGUGAAGCAGCUGGAGGAUCGGCUGCAGGAGAGCGGGGGAGAGCUGCGGCAGCUCAAGAGGAGCCUCAGCGAGACCGAGGACCCCUUCACGCAGGUGUUUGAGGACAAGCAGCGGCUGUGGCUGGAUGAGCUGGAGGAUCUGAAGCAGAUGUACAUGGCCAGGCUGCAGCAGGUGACGCAGCAGGCGCAGCGCGGCCAGCGGGCGCUGCAGCUGCAGCUCUACAAGGCGCAGCAGGAGAAGAAGCGGCUGCAGGAGGAGCUGAACAUGCAGCAGUGUCAGUGCGAGGAGGCCAAGCUCCGGCAGUCCCAGGGCGAGCGCGUCAGCCCCAAGCUGGAGGAGACCAAGUGGGAGGUGUGUCAGAAGGCAGCCGAAAUCUCCCUGCUGAAGCAGCAGCUCCGGGACACCCAGGAGGAGAUGGCUCAGAAGCUGGGCGAGAUCUUCAGCCUGAAGACGCAGCUGCGAGAGGCCAAGGCUGAGGUCCAGGCCCGGGACUCGCAGCUGGCGCAGCUGGCGGACUCCUUCCAGAGCCCCCCGGAACCCGGCGCCUCGCUGCCGCUGGGCGACGACCCCAUGCCAGCGUGCCAGGACUUCCCUGGCUGUGAAACCGAUGACUCCAAGUGCCGGGGCCUCCACAGCGACUCCGCGGAGCCCCUGGAGCGGCAGGUGGAGUGGCUGUGGGCCGAGCUGCUGCGGGAGCGGCGCCAGGGCCAGCUGCAGGCCGUGAACUUUGAGCUGGAGAGGAAAACCUGGCAGGAGGAGAAGGAGAAGGUGCUGCGGUACCAGCGGGAGCUCCAGGCCAGCUACAUGGAGAUGUACCACCGGAGCCAGGCCCUGGAGCGCGAGCUGCGGCAGCUGCGCUCGGAGCCCAGGGACGUCGGGGCCGACUCGCCGUGGAUCGAGCGAGUGGAAUCCUCCAAGAUCUGAGCGGCAGGACGCCUGCGGGACUGUGAAGGGGGAAGGUCUCUUGCUGCUGCAAUGGGAUGAGCUCAGGGUCACGAGGCCCAGCUGCUCGGCCCUGUGCUGGGGGAAAGGACCGAAGGCCACAAGGGAACUUUUCCUUCUUGCAGCACUUCAGGCCCGUGGGGGGGGGUGGUCUCUGGAGAGGGGACCGUCCGUGCCAGGGCAGGGGUCUUGCAUGUGCCCCGUGCUCUGCCUCCAGGUGCACUUGCCCUGCGAUCCCUUCAGUCGUGGGGCAGAGACCAAAAGCCCUGUGAGACAUUCCCCAUCCCUCCUGCUCUGCCUCCCCUUUUCCCCUCAC